AUGUCCCAGGAAAUCGCGUUCCAGUAUGCCUUCGUCAUCGCCUUGAUCGCGUUCUUGCGCAGACCCGUGCUGGAGUUGGCGGGCGCCGAAGUGCAAGACACGGUCCAGGAGGCCAAAUGUCGACAAGAAUCCGCCCAGUGGCUCGAAAAGGCGGCACUGGCGGACUUUGCCGGUAUCACCAGUGAUCCUACAGUCCAGGCUAUCGCUAACACGCUCUACAGGCCGGAAGAGGCGCGUUUCGACGCCUCGAGCCAGCCCACCACUGAGGACUUGAUUGCCAAGAUCGAGCUGGCUUUGGCCAACCCCAGUGAGUGGAUUUCCACCGCGUUACCAUUGCUGCUGGUGGGUCCUCGAUUGUACCACAUAUUGCAUCGCGCAGCAAUGGUCGCUGGUGCCAGCACCAGCACCAACUACUACCACGUCCUCACCAACGUGUGCGCAGGGUAUGUGGACCAGACUCCGGGGAAAGCUCCAGCUGGCGUGCACGCUCAGGUGUACCAGCUGUUCCGCGACACCUUGGAGGUCCAGGUGGAGUUGCACGCGCUGGGCGACUCCCCAGCGUCCCAGCACACCGUACACAAGCUCAGAGAACAGGGAAACAACCUCAUGUCGUCGCAGGCGCAUCCCCAGGCCAUCCAAAUCUACACCGAGGCCAUUGGAUUGUGCGACCACGGAUCCGCUGCCACUCUCAGCCAGCUCUACACCAACCGAGCCAUCGCAUACAUCGCAUUGAACUGCUUCCGUGAAGCGAUUUGCGACCUUAACCGUGCGCUCCUCCACGAGCGCAGUUUCACGCCAGCCUGGACCCAGUUGGGGUACUGCCACUUGUACAUGGGGUCCAGUUUGACGGCGUUGCAGAGCUACUUGAUCGCGUUGAAGUGCCUGGCAGGCGAGGUGUUGCCUCAGCACUUCGACCCCCACGCAUCCAUAGACGAGUACAAGGCCACCAAGAUCAGAGCCAUCUUGCCUCAGUUCGUUCAGAGAUUGUGCCAAUCCAUUAGUCUCACCGAAAAAAGAGCCUACCAACAGGGAGAGCCUCUGGGCACGAUACGGGGGAUAGUUAGCGACGUGCGAAGAAUAUUGGCGGUGUUGCGCUCGCACGCUCUGGAGGCUGACAUGGAGUACUUCACCUUCUACCCAAAUAUCAGAGACACCAUGUUCCGAACCAUUUCGGAACGUAUGAACAGAACCAAUCCAGGCAUUCUUACCCCAGAGGUCACCCAGAACAUGUUGGCGUCGACUGGCACCGAAACCAUAGCCAUAGCCACCCCUAGAGAUAUCACCUCGUUGUACCCUGGAAGAAGAGCGGGCGCAGACGAUCCUGCGACUGCCCCUGCCACCACUGGGGUAACCACCGAGGAAGCAGUUCCUGUGGCGCCUGCUGCUCCCAGCCGUGACGUUCCCCAGCCUGCCACAAGACCAGAGCGCACGUCUGGAAUCAGAGAAAUGCUCAACGACUUUGGCGACUUGAUGGAAGGUAGAAUAGGCAGACUGAGCACGGAGCCUGCAGACCCGGGUGCAGGUGAUAGAAACGAUUACCCGUUGAGAGACGCUCUCCGAGGCGUUUUGCCUGAUGGCUUGACUAAUAUCAUUUCGCAAUUCACCGGCGGACAGAACAGAGUAUUCGUAAACGGCAGAGAAGUGGGCGACACCAGAAGUGCCCCUGGUGCGGGAGAAACAAGCGAGGCAACAGACGGAAGAGAGGACCAGGACAUGGAUAUCCCCGACCUCGAUUAG